UGCAACGGUUGAAGAACGCUGCGCUUAAUCUGAGUUGGGAAAAAAAACAAUGACAGUCGACAUUGCUACCUGUCAACAUGCACCCCAAGGAGUUGCUGCCCGCGGCCGACGAAAUUGUGACUGCGGCCACAAACUUGAAUUGCAAGGCGGCUAUCCUCGAUCUCACCAACCCGAAGGAGUGUCUUGCAUGGUCGCCGGCCGAUUUCGAUGCUUUGCACAAAACGAUGACGAAAUUGUGUGGUAACAAUUGGAUUUUGAUUGUUUUUGCCCCGCAAAAACAACAUAAGAUCGUCAUGAAGCAGCUUUACAACUGGGACGAUGUAGAGGUGAUACCCGGGACUUGGAAGCGUUAUCUCGGGGUCGGGACGGCUGUCAGCGAGUACGGAAACUGGCAAGUCGAUUAUAAGGACACGAUGGUGAUCGUCCUGCAUGCCGAGGGCAGCGACCUCAAGAAGGUCACGAGGGCCCCUAAAUCGGAGGCGGAGAUAGUGGAGCUAAACGUUGAGGAGGAGCACUUCAAGAGGUGCACAGCGAGGCAUGGCGGCGAGGAAGAAAAUGAACGAGAGGUGUAUGGGCGGUGGGAACGACAUCCCAAACGGUUGCAGAAGUUGUGUAGUUCGUUUCUGCACGAGGAUCAAGGGGUGAUUCUUAUCGGGAAGUCGCAUGCUGGACUUAUGUGGGAGCUUCUGCGCGCUGGCUAUCACGUUUUCGCAUGCGAUUCGUCGUCCAAAGACAUUUCGUACUUGACGAAGACCAUCGAAUUUCUUGGGAAGGACGUGAGAAACGAUUGUACGGUUCAGAGACAGAAGACUGCGCACCGUCCGGACAGGGACAUGUACCACAAGUUGGGCAAGAAGAUAAACAAGAUGUGGGAAUAUCUAUUCCAAGGCCAACCCAAGUCGCCAUUCGAGCAUGACUACAUAGUUCGCAAAGCGAUGGCACAGAAAGCGUAUGGUGGCUACCAUAAAGCACAGGUGGGUGCGUUUGCGAUGUUCGUGGCGAGAUGUGAACAAAUGAAGUUCACAGCAAAUCCGGCAAUGCUGACGUAUGAAGAGUACAGCAACAUUGGCAAAACAACCGAUGCAUGGAAUCCGAUAGAGAGCGACGAGGAGACCGAAACAUCGGACCUUGAAAUCGAAGAAGCACUUGAGAAUGCAUUGAUUCAUGGCAAUCGUCACGGGUUCCAGGGGAGGCCUCGCACUUUUCAAGGAAACACGGAACACAACAUGCUGGCAGACGCCGAUGAGGAUGACUUGGCGGUUCAAGAUGCCCUUCCGAGGCUGAUGCCCGGUGAUGAUAAUCCCGAUCACAUUGUGCAGGUCAGCGAACGGCCGUACUUCAUUGAAGACAAGGUGCCAGAAACGACGUCUGAGAAGUGGGGGCAUAACAUUUUGUGGCAUACAGACGUAUUCAAGACAUGCAUUUUCAAGGGGGAGUGGAUGAUGGCACUGCAUCUAACAUCAGGAUGGAAAGUCAAACCGAGACUGACAGAAGUACUGUGGCUGAAAGUGACGAAGAGCGAAAUCGUCUUCCAUGUCAGGCGCGAAAACGACGGAGCGGACGAGGCAGCUAUUGAGGAGAAGGCUCAAUUGCUAUUCGAUUCUCUGCACUCCAACAAUCAGCUGAAAUAUAAACACAAGUUCUAUGACUUACUGUCAAGCCGGUCAUACAAGACCAUCGAUUGGAAGAUCGAACUUCAUCCUGCGUGCCAAGGAAUUGAGACAAUCCAGUUGGGAUGCUCACAGUUUGGGGGCCAGUCGACGACGCACUUGGCUGCCAGUGUUGGGGAAGCGAUGAGUCAAACCAAUGUUAAGAUAAUGGGGGUGGACAAGGGAACACGGAAUGUCGACAAAGAUCCUUCGAACGUCGCAUCGUACGGGCCUCGUCUAAUAACUCAGGUGGAAAACCAGAGUGCAUCGCAGAUGGAGAGUCCCACUCCUUCCACGAACAUGGCGGUUUCAGAUGCAAUGCAACAAGGUGGGUAUGCAAAACGUGCGAGAGAGGUGCAAACAGAUUCCGAUGAGAUGAUAAACUGUUGGAUGAGGCGAAGAAGGACGGGAAGAGGAAGCUUGAGGGAUCAACCAAGUCCCAGACGGUGAUUAAUUGUAUAUCGUUAAGCGAUGAAGAGGUAGACGUACAUGUAGACGAGCGCGAUGACAAUAAGGAUGCAAGGGACAAUGUCGAUGAACAUAAGGUAGUGGAUGACGGAGGUCAACCCGCGAGACGAUCGACAAGAGAGAUAAAGAAAAAACACCCGA